CUUAACUUGUUGUCUUAAGCUGUGUACAGAAUCAAGUUUCAGACAGAGAGAGAGAGAAACAAAUUCACAAAGACGACUCAAGAAAUCUCAAAAGCCUCUGGUAUAGACAGAAGGUUUUGGUCAAAGAAGAAGAUGAACUCUCGCGCGAUCUACGCCGUCAUCGCGAUCCUCGCGCUCGUAAUCUCAGCCGUCAACGCCAGCGGCGGAGGCUUCGGAGACUCGCUUGAUUUCGUACGGAGCGGAUCUUCUUCGCUCUUCUCCGGAUGCGAAGGCUCCAUCGCUGAGUGUAUAGCGGAGGAAGAGGAGAUGGAGUUCGAUUCAGAGAUCAGCAGGCGCAUGUUAGCGCAGAAGAAGUACAUUAGCUACGGUGCAAUGAGGAAGAACAGUGUACCUUGCUCGCGACGUGGAGCUUCGUACUACAACUGCCAGCGUGGCGCUCAGGCCAAUCCUUACAGCCGUGGAUGCAGCACCAUUACCAGGUGCAGGCGUUGAAGAGGAAGAUGAUCAGUACAAUUCCUGUUUUGCCCUUGCGUGUUUGCCUUUUGUUUUUUUAUCUUUUUUAUUUCCGGGAUAUAUGGGUUUGAUUGACACAUUGAAAACUAUAGUCUAUGUUACGAAACAAAGAAAAAACAUAUCGUUAUUUUUAUUUUUGCUGGUUGUUCAUAUAAAUAAAAAUAAUAAUUCAAAGUUGGGUA